UGCGGGCGGAGCUACGGCUGCAACGGGAGCCGCCGGGACCGGCGCCGCCAGCCUCGGGGGACGCCGCGCCGCGCAAAGGUGAAAUGCGCUCGCUCGCUCGUCACAGGAAGGCAGCAGCGGAAGCCGUGACGUCGCUGAGAGCGGGCUCCUCCCCUCCGAUGAUAAGCCACUCCCACAGGGUGCCGCUGCUGAGCCCGGCGGCGGGCGACGAAGAGCGCCGACGGCGCCGCGUCCUCUCCAAAGACGGCCGCAGCAACGUGACCGUGGCGCGCGUGAGCGGGCGGCGGGGGCUCUACCUGCGGGGGCUCUACCUGCGCGACCUCUGGACCACCUUCCUGGACAUGCGCUGGCGCUACAAGUUCUUCUUGUUCUGCGCCACCUUCGCCGGCACCUGGUUUCUCUUCGGCCUGCUCUGGUACCUGCUGGCCGCCACGCACGGCGACUUGGCGGACUCGGCGGCGGGCUCCGAGCACACGCCGUGCGUGACGGAGGUGCGGACGCUAACGGGCGCCUUCCUCUUCUCGCUGGAGUCGCAGACCACCAUCGGGUACGGCUCCCGCGUCAUCACCGAGGAGUGUCCCGCCGCCAUCGUGCUGCUCGUCUUCCAGCUGGUGGUCACCAUGGCGAUGGAGAUCUUCAUCACCGGCACCUUCCUGGCCAAGGUGGCCCGGCCCAAGAAGCGCGGCGAGACGGUCAAGUUCAGCCGGCACGCCGUGGUGUCCACGCAGGAGGGGCGGCCGUGCCUGAUGGUGCGCGUGGCCAACAUGCGCAAGAGCCUGCUGCUGGGCUGUCGGGUGACGGGGAAGCUGCUGCAGACGUGGCCGAGCGAGGAGGGCGCGGCGCUUCGUCUGGACCAGCGCAACGUUUCCUUCCGGGUGGACACGUCCAGCGACAGCCCCUUCCUCAUCAUCCCCUUGACCUUCUACCACGUCAUCGACGACGGCAGCCCCCUGCGAGCCUGGGCCGCCCGAGGUGGCGACCAAGCGGCGGACUUUGAGCUGCUGGUGAUCCUGAGCGCCACGGUGGAGCCCACGUCGGCCACCUGCCAGGUGCGCACCUCCUACCUCCCCGACGAGAUCCUGUGGGGCUACGAAUUCCCGCCGGUGCUGUCGCUGUCCGCCUCGGGGGCCUACGUGGCCAACUUUGCCUCCUUCGACCAGGUGGCCCAAGCCGAAAGGCGGCCGGCGGACGGCGAGAAGACGCCGAGGCCCGAGCGGCGCCGAGACGGCGGCGCGCCGAGCCUGCGCAUCAGCAACGUUUGAGCCGCGGACAGGAAGUGGCCUGGCGUUCUCUUUGGUCUCCUUGUCUUGUUUUCUUGCCUCAACAUAAUAAAAGUCCAAAUGGCCUUUU